CGUAAACAAGGGCCCUUCGAGGCGAGAAGCGAGCUGGAGGCGGGGCUGACGGGCUGGAGCUGGUGUCAGCCCGAGGCGGACCCUUGCCCGCCCUGCUCGCGUCCCAGCGCCCUGGCCGCCCCCAGCCCGCAACCCCUCCGCAGGCGGCGAGAGGCCGUCCUCGCAGAGACGGGCCGGGAGGACAGAAGCCCGGGCGGCGGGGCGCGGCCGUAACACCGAGCCUUUCGCCGCCGCCGCGCGUCUCUCUCUUUUCCUUUGUCUUUUUCUCCUCCGCGGGUGCGGGGAUUCUGGUGAACCGAAGUGCAGCCUCAAGAUGGCCGAUGGCUACGAGGACCUGCGGGAAGACGAGCUCCCAGGGCCGGCCUACGAAGGCUACGAAUCCGCGGAGCUCGCCUGCCCCGCCGAGCGCAGCGGCCACGUCGCCGUCAGCGACGGGCGCCACAUGUUCGUCUGGGGCGGUUACAAGAGUAAUCAAGUCAGAGGAUUAUAUGACUUCUAUCUGCCUAGAGAAGAACUCUGGAUCUACAACAUGGAGACUGGAAGAUGGAAAAAAAUUAACACUGAGGGUGAUGUUCCUCCUUCUAUGUCAGGAAGCUGUGCUGUGUGUGUGGACAGGGUGCUGUACUUGUUUGGAGGACACCAUUCAAGAGGCAAUACAAAUAAGUUCUACAUGCUGGAUUCAAGGUCCACAGAUCGAGUAUUACACUGGGAAAGAAUUGACUGCCAAGGAGUUCCUCCAUCAUCAAAGGACAAACUCGGUGUCUGGGUAUAUAAAAACAAGUUAAUAUUUUUUGGAGGGUAUGGAUAUUUACCUGAAGAUAAAGUAUUGGGAACUUUUGAAUUUGAUGAAACAUCUUUUUGGAAUUCAAGUCAUCCAAGAGGAUGGAAUGAUCAUGUACAUAUUUUAGACACUGAAACGUUUAUCUGGAGCCAGCCUAUAACUACUGGUAAACCACCUUCACCUCGUGCUGCCCAUGCCUGUGCAACUGUUGGGAACAAAGGCUUUGUGUUUGGAGGCAGAUACCGAGAUGCUAGAAUGAAUGACCUUCACUAUCUUAAUCUGGAUACAUGGGAGUGGAAUGAACUAAUUCCACAAGGCAUAUGCCCAGUUGGCCGAUCUUGGCACUCACUAACACCAGUUUCUUCAGAUCAUCUGUUUCUCUUUGGAGGAUUUACCACUGAUAAACAGCCACUAAGUGAUGCGUGGACAUACUGCAUCAGUAAAAAUGAAUGGAUACAGUUUAAUCAUCCCCAUACUGAAAAACCAAGAUUAUGGCAUACAGCUUGUGCCAGUGAUGAAGGAGAAGUAAUUGUGUUUGGAGGGUGUGCCAAUAACCUUCUUGUCCAUCACAGAGCUGCACACAGUAAUGAAAUACUUAUAUUUUCAGUUCAACCAAAAUCUCUUGUAAGGCUAAGUUUAGAAGCUGUCAUCUGCUUUAAAGAAAUGUUAGCCAACUCAUGGAACUGCCUUCCAAAACACUUACUUCACAGUGUUAAUCAGAGGUUUGGUAGUAACAACACUUCUGGAUCUUAAGGCUUCAUAGAUAAUGCCUCUGAUCACUUGCAUGGACAGCAAUUCUGUAAACAUCAGAGUGAAAUCAUUUGUAUAAUUAUAUACACUGUUGUAGUUUGCAGCUUUUUAGUUUUACUGUGCAUGUGAAUGGCCUAGAGAACCUAUUUUUGUGUCUAAAGUUUACAAUAAAUGUAUUUAACAGCAGAA